AUGACCUCAAACAAAUACUCCGUCAUCUUACCAACUUACAACGAGAGGAGAAACCUCCCAAUAUUGAUUUACCUCCUCAACAAGACCUUCACCCAGCACAAGCUAGCCUGGGAAGUGAUUAUAGUAGACGACAACUCGCCAGAUGGAACGCAAGAGAUUGCGAAACAAUUAAUCGAGAUCUACGGCCCCGAGCAUAUCCAGUUGCGUCCACGUGCAGGCAAGUUGGGUCUCGGAACCGCGUACGUCCACGGAUUGCAGUUCGUGACGGGCAACUUUGUCAUUAUCAUGGACGCCGAUUUCAGCCACCAUCCCGAGGCCAUCCCCGAGUUGAUCGCGAAGCAGCAGACUGAAGACUACGACAUUGUCACCGGCACGAGGUACGCGGGCGACGGCGGAGUCUACGGGUGGGAUUUCAAGAGGAAGUUGAUUUCUCGAGGCGCGAACUUUUUGGCUACGGUGGUGUUGCGUCCUCGUGUGAGUGACUUGACGGGCAGUUUCAGGUUGUACAAGACUCCCGUGUUGAAGAAGAUUAUCGACGUGACUCAGUCUAAAGGGUACGUGUUUCAAAUGGAAAUGAUGGUGAGAGCGAGGAGUUUGGGUUUUACUGUGGGCGAGGUUCCUAUUAGCUUUGUUGAUCGGUUAUACGGUGAGAGUAAAUUGGGCGGAGAUGAAAUCGUCCAGUAUGCCAAGGGUGUUUGGACUUUAUUUGUCAGCGUUUAG